AUGACAAAAGACGUACUGGAGAAGAUGAACACCAAGACUCCCAGCUUCGAUCUUGGCAUGGCUGAAGAAGCUGACGUCGGGUACACUAGAGGAAGAGAGGCGUGUUUGCUGCUUCAGACUAUUGAGAUGCUACUAUCAGCCAUGAUUGCUAGCUAUUUGCACGUCGACCAGUAUAUCGACGAUGACAAUAUCAACGGAUGCUCCUAUAUAAGUGCCAGCUGUGUCGCGGGGCCUCCGGAAAACCUCCAAAGUGUGUUGGGGGCGGGGGGGAUUAGUGCAAACGCUGGUUUGGAUUGGUACCUGAUAAACGCAGGCUGCAGGUUUACUGAACAAGACCUGGCUCAGUAUGACCAGUUUGGUGUUGCUUUUGGAUUCACGUGCUACAACACGGGUGUCAACCUCGAUGCUGUUACCUUUGGACCGAUUUAG